AUGGGGUCCAAGGGAAAUUCCGAUGACCUUGCUCGGGCAUCCAGCGCGGGAACUAGCAGCGGCGACAGCGGCGGCGGCGGAGGCGAUACCACACCGCCGUCGCCACCACGGAUUCCGGUGGCACCACCGCCCACGUCGCCCUCCCUCGGCACUGGGGCGCUUUCCACAUCAGCACCCCCGCUUCAGCCGCCACUUGCCCCGCCGCGUGCCGCCGACAGGGAUACGGAUGAAGGACUGGAUGAUGAUUAUAUGCCCGAAAAGGAAGAUGGUGAAGGGGAAGAUGACGGGGGCUGGAACUGGGAGCAGGAGGAAGCUGAGUACACCUAUGGGCAUCUGGGAGAAGGGGAACUAGAAGAUGAUGCCGAUUCUCAGGAGCCUGUAGAAGGGGAACUAGGGUAUGACCAGGAUCGGGGAGAGAACCUCAGAGGACCAUCUGAUAGUGAAUUCUUCUCUAUAUUGGGCAUGAGUGUUCGAAGAAACAUCCCAGAUCAUAUUAUUCGGAAUGGCUUUGUUCCGCUCAACAAGCAUGACUAUUUUUCAUGCCGCCAUAACUGGAGACUGUUGCUGGGUCACUACAGAAGUUUCCUCCCACCAUCAAAGGACCACCGUGUGCUCAUUGGUAGUUUCCGACGUCCAUAUAAUUAUCCAAGGGCAUUAAGAUUCCAGGAACCAAUCUCGGAUUUGAUUCUUCGAUCUUCAAAUAACUACAUCAUCCAGGAAAAGAUCAAGAUUCUCAGUAAGCAGUAUGGGCUCUUCAGAAGAACUCGGAGUGAUGGCAGCUGUUUUUACAGAGCUUUACUGUUCUCUUACUUGGAGAACCUUGGACAAAUGCAAGAUAGGCAAGCUGAGGUUAUUCGUUUGAUGGAAUGUGUUGAAGUAUCUAUAAAGAGGAUCUAUCAACUUGAGUGGGGAGAAGCAUACUUCUUAAAUCCCAAGGACAACAUCUUAUCUGUUGUUUAUGAGUUCUAUUGUUUGGUCAACUCAGUUGCAAACGGCCUGACUUCUGACAAGCUGUAUGAGAGAAGCCUUGGAGAGACCUCGUCAGGCAACAUUAUUUAUUUUCUUAGGUUGCUUACGGAGGCUGAGAUCCGUACACACGAUAUCUACAAGCCAUUUAUCCCCAAAGAUAUGCAUGUCCUCCAGUUCUGUUGGAAGAAGGUGCGUGGCAUGUAUGCUGAAGCCGGUGCUAUACAGAUGAGGGCUUUGACAUAUGCACUCGGCAUACCUUUGCGUGUCGAAACUGUGGACAGAAGGAAGUCAACGUUGGGUCAAGAUGUGCGAGUAAAGCGCCUUGAUUUCUUCAAUCAUUCAGGCCUAGGGAAGAGGCCUUAUUAUUUUGUUCAAAGCUACCAUUCCUCAAGUACAGCUCAUAAGUCGCUGGAGCGGGGAAGCGGUGACAACUUGCUAUCAUCGGAUGGCGCACCCUUGCUGACCUUGCUGAAUAGGCCUGGGCACUGUGACAUUCUUUAUCCCAAGUGAACAAACUACGUGAUGUAUGCUCGAUCGACAGCAACUUCUUCCUGGAUGAUGCCAUGGACAAGUGUACAGAUAGUCUCAUGUAGUGUUGGUGCUCCAUGUUUUUUUUUGGUUGCUACUGAUUCUGUUCCUAACUCUGUAUCCGGAAGUAAGGUCCAGAAUGCAUGAGCUAUGAGAAACGUGAAGUCUGGCAUGGCGACAUGAGUUUGUAUGA